AUGGCGGCCUCGAAGCUGGAAAUCAAUUUCCGCCGUCUUUUGGAACGCUGCGAAGCGAUGGCCUCAGAAAUCCAGGAGAAUAAAGAAAACGUAAGCUGGAGGUUGGAAAAAGUGAGUUAUAGCAUUCAUCAAAAAAAUUGUUUUCUACUGUUACCUUUCAUAGGAUUUGAACAAACUGUCGACCCCAGCUGUCUGGUCGGGUUUGUAACAAUUUUUCACAGUUUUUCUACUCCAUAUUGCAGUAUGUUUUAACGUUACAGAGGCAAGCUGCCGAACUAAAAAAGUCAGAAAGGUUAGUUUUUAAAUGCAGAGUAAUAAGAUAAAAGUUAAACAAGCAAUACGUCAGUGUGAAAUAGUGCUUUUAAAUAAUCAGCUUAAAACAGCUGAUACAGCUAGUCUUUACUCUGACGGGUCUUUAUAUGUCGGGUCGAUUGUAUUUAUUAUUAAUAUUUUAGCCAUCACAAUAGAGCUUUUUUACCAGUAAAUUACCCAGUUAAAUAAGGAGAAGAAAGUCUUUUCAUAUUAAAGGAAAGAGUUCAACGUUUUGGUAUACCGACAAUCGACAUUUGAUUUUGGUACCCCAAUAAGGCGGACGGAAGUAUUCCUAUAUCGUAGAAACGCGCUGUAAUGACCUAAUCUGUAUCAACUAAUCUGGCAAUAGAAGCCAGACCCACAUUUCUCCUGUUACCGUAUGUGUGCAGUAACUGUUAAACUUUCGUCAAAUAAAAGUGAACGUCUCUUUUACAGUGCAGUAAGUAAGUAAUGUCAUCCAUAACCCGGAUAAGAGGGGACUCCAGCCUUGAAAAUAACUUUUUUUGACCUGUUGGCUUUAGUUUGGUGUAAAAUCAAGGUGGGGGCCCUCACCCCUUGGCACCGUCUCCUAGACCCACCAGUGUUUAGCCUGCAAUCAAACUGUCAAUAAAGAAAGAAACUCACUGGUGUCGGUGCAGAUUCACUUUUUUCUUAUUACGUUUACUAUUUAUGUGACAGAAACCACUGUUAAGUGGACAUUCAUAGUUGACUGAUCUAUGAGUUUCAUUUGUCUAUCAGUAGCAUAAAGGUAGACAUCUCCCUUUGGUAGACAUCUCCCGUUGGUUGUCUGUCAGUAUUCAACAUUCUGAAAGGCAGAUGACUUGUGUCUCUAACGUACUGUAGACAUCAGUGGUCAGGGAUGUUGAUAAUAGCCAGGAGCCAGGAAAAAUACGUGGCUGUCAACAUAAUUUUUUAGGCUGAAAAAAUGCAGUCUUAAAAAAGGCAACUGUUUUCUUCUCAUAUAAUUAUCUGCCCAUCAAAUGCCAUUUCCCAUCUGUUAUAAAUUAAAGCUACAUCCCUUAUGGUUGGCUGGUAUCAGCUUCCAAGUUUCACUUUUUUAUCACUCUGUAACUAAACUUUCUUCAAUUCAAAGAAAACAUUCACGUGGUGAAAAAAACCUCUAAUGAAGAUACUGGUGGUUUAAGACUUUAGUGUAGCUAGCAUUUCAGGUUAUGACUCUCAUGAUUAAAAAAACCUACCUUUUCAAAAACUGGGAAAUCAAAAUAUUUUGGAUCUAUCAGCUUGUCGAGUUACAUGUAAGAUACAUUUUUGGAAAAAAUCAAAACAUUAAAUGUUAUUUUUUUUGUCUUGUUACAGCAAACCAAGUCCAGACACAAUGACUGAAUACAACAAGAAAGUAGAGUUCCUUAAAGGUUUAAUAGAAACACAGAAAAUGGUGAGACAGGGAUCAAUGUUUUGAAAUCGUAAGAUGUGCAUCUGUUGUUACAUUGCUUGUCAUCAGAGAAUAUACAACAAUAAAUUGUAUAUCAUUUUUAUGUUAAGUAUUUUAAAGUUGGUUGCAUCUAAGCGUGGACAUGAGAUAAAACAUGUUCUAAUAGGGUGCGUGACAUGACAUGUUUUGCUGCCAAACGUUUGAAGUUUGACAGCCAUUAAAGCAAACUGUCACGCCAAAGGUAAGUUGUUUAUAUGUUUUUAAUUGGCGUGUUACGCUCAUAUUCCAUUUACGUUUACACGUGACCUUCCAAACAUUGUCUGUGUUUUAUUUACGUGAGUAAAACUUAAGUGCAUAUGCACGUAAAAAUUACGGGACAGUGGAAAUCCACCAUCAGUCAUAAAGGGAAAAUCCAGGCACCCUUCAAUUUCUACUGGCUCUGAAAAUACCAUGAUAUUUAGGUUUGUUAGAAGCUCUCAAAUUCUCUUUUCCGUGGGUUUCUUCCCUUUAAAUUUCUAUUGCAGUUGAAUACAAGUGUAGAUCCAUGUAACAUAAGAGUUACCUUCACUUUGUUUUGUAGAAAACACCAACAGAAAAACUUCUCGCCAGUCGGCAGUUAGUGCGUCCACUGAGUCAAACAUCCAAUGCACAGCAGACCACAGAGGCAGACAAAGGACGAACAGUAAACAGGGCGCAAGAACUUCACAUCAGGGCCAAGUCACAGAUUAAUAAAGAGAUGAGAAGUGAACUUCUGGGAAAAGGUGAGAAUAAUGCAGCUAAAAAUAUUUCACUUCUGAUACAAUGCACUUGUAAGUUAGUUUAUUUCACAUUUAUUUUUGUUGAUUUUUUGUAAGGAUCAUGCACAUUACUGGCUUACAUUCCUCGACACAUUACAAAGGUUUUCUUAGCCCAAUAUUUUCCCAAAACUAAGGACUUUCAGGGCACCUUACCAUGGCACAUUCAUUUUGCCUUGUUUUUGGGCAUUUUGUGACAUGAAAUACUUUGGUUUUUUAUAAGUGAAUUGAAUAAUAAAUUUGAUUCAUUUAUUAGAUUUAAAGUUAAAAAGGAACCUUGCUUAUUUUCCAGACAAUAAGAAAGACAGUCAUGGAGUGCGAAACAGGUGACUGAUUAUAAUUAUUUCACUUGCAUAUUACUAGUUUGGUCCCUUAGUCGCUGUAACAAAUAACUCUUUAUUUUCAAAUCCCCCAUAAUCACUCUGUUUGCUCCCAAUGCAACACUUGGCAUAAACUAUAGUCUUCAAAUGCUCCUGGCAGAACUGUGUAAUUCCAAGGACUUUUGAGAACAAAAACUUUAUUUAUAUGCAAAGCCUCAAUCGGUGAUAAAAUUGUUGAGACAUUGUACUCAAAUAGGGUAACUUCAGAGAACAAAAGAAUGCACACCCUUCCCCCCUACACAAUUCAAAGUUGGGGUGUUUGUUGUUUUCUGUACAUAGCUUGAACAGCAGCACAACGUUGCAUGGAGGGGAUGGGGGAGGAAAAGCUUUAUUUUCAUCUUUUGAAGUCAGUAAAACCUCAGAAAGCUGAUUUUCUCACCAAUUGCAAGGUAAACAGGGUGUAUUAUGUGGAAACUCCAAAAAUAAAAGUCAAUGGAAACAAAUCCCUGAUAGCAAGUCAGUAUGACUUUUUAAGUAUGCGCUGGUGUCAACUUAAUAUUUUCUGCAUCAUGAAUAAUUCAUGAUUCAAUUAUUGUUGGUUAGUAUUGAACAAUCUGCCUUUUAUAGCCUGUGUUCCAGCUCCCUCCCAGACAUUGUCUAAACCCUCAGAGUGUGUUCCAUUUGAAUGAUCCAAAUAAGGAUUAGUGACUUGUGAUCACUCAGAAUACAGCACAUCAAAGGACUCAAUGAAUCAACCCUGGGAAAGGAUUCAUCAGUUCACUUGAUGUACCAUUGCAUGGUUUCAAAUCGAGAGGUGCUGGAUAUGAGCCAGUUUAUCAUGGGCUAAACUACGCGAGACCUAUAUAGUCAGAAGGAGCGAAUUAGCAACAUUCUCAAGGUUGGUGUUUAUCGGGCGUAUAUUGAACGAUAUAAAUAGAUGUACGGAUGAUGUGACCGGCAAUCCAUACAUGUACAUCUCUUAUAAAAGUGAUUUUCAAGUUUACAGAUAGCUGUAUCUUGCUUGAUAUUGGGCCUGAUCAACACCACACUUUCAUAACCUCAAUGUGCUUUUUCUGACCAUGUGGAUCUCAUGUUGUUAUCCCAUAAUAAAUCGACACAUACCCAGCCCCUCUCGAUUUCAAACUGGGCAAUGGCCGAGUGAUCUCUGACCUGGAUCAUCCCAAAGGAACUCAUUCUUAGUCCAUACAGGCUGUACAUGUAGUGUCUGCCAUGCAGGCUACUUGUUUUUGACAAUCUUUUUUCUUGAAGAUUAACAGGCAACAAGAAAAGUGAUACAAAUGAUGAAAGCAUUGACUCAGUUCUACAAUACCAUCAGAACUUACAAGAAAAUAUAGCAGAGGAAAUGAUAAAAAUGGCUCAGCAUAUAAAACAUACAUCUGUCAUGGCCAGCAACAUUAUUCAAGAAGAUAACAAGGUUACUAGGAUGUUUGUCCUUUAAUAACAGUAAAUAACAAAUUAUUGGAUGUCUUUUUGUGACAUCUGAAACAGAGUAGGUCAAGUAAAUGUUAUUGGCUGAAGCUGAUAACUCUUACUGAGACUUUGAUUAUUGCGAAUACCAUAUUUCUUUGAAUAAUAGCCGUCCCUGAAUUAAUCGCCUCCCUUGAAAAAUUGCCCCUCCUUUGACGGAAAUGUUUAAAAUAAUCGCCUCCCUUACCUCUAUAGGUUACCCACUAGGGAUAGCCAUCGUGGAACUUGGAGGAUGGAGCUUUAAAGUGGAGUCUGAUUCAGCAAAACUGAUCAGUAAUGAUUCAAGCUCUGAUGCCACAGAAAUUGACAGCAAAAAUUAAUCAAGGAACCAAAUUUGGAAUAGUUUAAAUGCCAAUGUUCAGUUUAUCUGAUGUGAUUAUUUUUUCUAUUUAAUGGGAAAAUAGAACAAAUAUUUAGGGCACGACUUCUAGUCAGCAAUAUUUGAAAUGUCACCUCCCUUGAAUAAUUGCCUUGCCUCGAAUAAUCGCCCCGUUUUGGUGCGAAAAAAGAAAUAAUCGUCCCCAGCUAUUAUUCAAGGAAAUACGGUAUCCCAAAAGCCAAAUCCAAUAAGAAUUGUUUUAUUAUACACGGUUGUGAGGAAAAUAGUGUUAUGAUAAACACAUUGUUCUUGAAUACCAAGGUUUGUGCACACAAUUUGAAGGCUGUCAUAAAUAUGAUCAGCUACCAAGGUGACCCCUGGCCUAACUGUUAUAAAUUUAAUAGAAUAAAUAUAGAACCAAAUGAAAUCUGUACCUGUUUGAUUCCCUGCCUGCUUGUUUCCUGCAACUUGUGACAGCCAUAUAAAUUUGUAUCACUAAGUUUCUUUACUAUUGUAUAGACAAAUUACUCAAAUUUUGGGCAAAACCACCGCCAAGAAUGCAAAAAGUCCACUUCUGGUUGACGUGCAUUAUUCAAAACAAUGUUGUUUAAAAGCUACCGUAACAUGGUUUUUCAGAAUUGUUGAUGUGGACUUAAGUAAAGGCUUUAAAAUGGCUCAUAUAAAGGAUAAUGCCUGAGCCCAAAGGCCUUGUUAAAAAUAAUUACUGAGCACCCGAGGUCAUUAUUUUUAAAAAGGCCUUGGGCCAAGGGGUAUUGUUUUAAUGUAUUUUUCCAUUGUUUUAGAACCAGCAAGUCAUAAUUAGGGUCUCUUGUUCCACCUCAGUGACCUGGGCUUUAAUUUACUGAAAAGAAUAACUAAUGUUCAAAACAAAUAGAUAUGUGCGUUAAUAACAAGGAAGGCAUAUUUACAAAUUGGUCAAUCUAGGAAGGCUCUAUGUACAGACAACAGAGAUAAACUUUGAAAAACUUACUGUUCAAUUUUGUGUUUUGUUUUUUAGACCUUGGAGCAGUCAACAAAGCUUGCAGAUUCAAAUUUUGAGAAACUAAAACGAGAAUCAGAAAGACUUGAGGAAUUAACACAGACAACAUGUUCCUGGUGGAUUUGGAUUAUGAUAAUUACAGUCUGCAUGGUGUUUAUGUGGAUGAUUAUAUUUAUUAGACUUUUCCCAAAGAAGUGA